AUGGACGUAAUAAGCAAGUCGCUGAAUAAACUUCCAGAACUAAAGUUAGGUUUAGAUUUAGAAAAAACAGCUAUAGAUGAGUUAAUUGUUAAAUUAAACAAUAAACUCGGCAAUCCCCCAAUGAAUGACACAUUGCAACAACAGCAACCAGUCAUACAGAAUGAUGAUGAAAACCUAGAUAAUCGCAGAAGACUAUCUAAAGUUAAUCAUCUAUCAUUUGUGGAUGAUGUUAAAAUGUUUGCUAAUUGCAAAGAAGACUUCAAAAGGAUGAAAGACACUUUUGUAAAGGUCGGCACUGAGAUGGGUUUAAAAAUAAAUCUAUCAAAGUGUGGUGUCAUACCUAGCAUACUUGAAACUGUUUCAGACAUCACAGAUGUAGAACAGUUAAACACAGCUUACAAAUACAUUGGAUUACCAGAAAAAAGACAAAGAAUAGAUUUGAAAUACUUGAAAGAAACCUUGUCGAAUAAGAUAAUAGGUAAAAUAGCUAAAAUCUUCCAAUCAUGUCUUUCUACUGGUCAAAAAAUAAAGUUGUGUAACAUCAGUAUAGUACACGUAAUUCAAUAUAUAGUGAUGCAUGCAGCAGGUAGUGUAAGUAUGCGAAAAAUAAUCGCGCUUUGCAAGAUCCUAGACAAAUGUAUUGUAAAAGUACUGUCUGGAUCUAUUAAGGAUAACGAAGUAAUUAACCUAAGACAACCCACUCAAACUUUAGCUAGAUUAUAUCUAAAGCCUGAAAACGGUGGGUUGGGAUUGAUAAAUUUAGCAGAAGCUGCAAAAAAAUCAAUCAUCACUUACGAUUUAAAUAUGUUACUCGAUCCUAUCCAUAAGAAAGUUAAGUGCUAUUUCUUAAAACAAUCUAUAGACAAAAAAAUGUCAUUAAUCAGUUUAUUCCAUACACUAAUGAAACAAACUAAGAUAACAUAUACAAUAGAACCUAACAGUCUAUUAGUAAAUGAAAUUUGUUUCAUUAACGUCAAAGAGGCCAAAAAAGCCAUUGAACAAAGUAUAAAUGAAAGAUUUCAAAUAGAUAUGUUUGAGAAAUGGACUAAGCAUAUGGAUUAUGCAAAGCUAUACAAGCAAGAAAGAUUGAAGACUUUUUGGUUGUGCAAAACACCACUAAGUGAUAAAGACUUCAAUCUAAUUGCUUCAGCACAGCAAGAAUCUUUACCAGGAUUUUCUCGUUUUAUAGCAGCAAUAGAAAAAACUAGUAUAAGAUGUCCUAUGUGUACCGAUUCGCCCACCUCGAGCCACUUGAUAGAAGGUUGUAAGUCAAAGAAUGCAGAAAUUCUAUAUAGACAGAGACAUGACCAAGUAGUAAGAUUAACUGCAAACUACUUUAUCAAGAACUCAAGGAGGAAACAUUUAACCAUCAAUCAGUUGAAUGAGUUAAAUGAGAAUCAAGACAUAGAUAAUAGCUGGUGCUUGAGUGUAGACAGACCUCAAUUAGUUGAAGUUAAUGGUAGUGAUUACGGCUUUAUGGAUAAGAAUAAUAAAGAUCGCGUUAGGUCAACACAAUUCGUUCAUAAUAGAACAGACAUCGUUGUUAUUAACAGAACUAAAAGACAAGUCUUAGUUAUCGAAAUUGCGGUAUCAAACCCGCAUUUGUUGGAAAUGCAAAAAAGUAUAAAGAAGACAAGAUACACAGUCAAUGGCACAGUGGAAGUAGGUUCUGAUAACUACAACCAAGUGACUAAUGACAUGAAUAUUUCACUUAGCUCGAAAAAGCAAGCUACCAGACAGGCCGCACCAGAGGCAUGCAAUGAAGAGCGGUGUGAUGGCCUAAGCAGCAGUAAAGAAGUUGCAGGGAGACCGUGCCGAACUACAAGAAGAGCAGUAAGUAGGACAGGCGAGUUAUUAGGAGAAAUUCUUAAGAACCAGGAUUUUACAAGUACGUAG